CAGGAUGUUCAAGGGGCUGUCAUCUUGCGAUUGCCUCCAGGCAAAAAGGUGGAGCACUUGGGCAUCAAAGUGCAAUUUAUAGGGCGCAUCGAUAUGAGUAUAGGUGUUCACGAAGGUCGCCCACACUACGAUUUUAUUAGCCUGUCAAAGGAAUUAGCCCCGCCCGGAUCUUUGUACCAAACUGAGACCAUGUACACUUUUCAUUUUAAAAACAUGGACAAGGAAUUCGAGUCUUAUUGUGGGCGAAACGUGGCAGUUCGGUAUAUUGUCAAGGUCAAGGUAGAGCGCAAGUUUUUGCCCCCACUCAAGCAGGAACAGGAUGUUUGGGUGCAGUUCCGUGGACAGGAGCCAAUCUCACACGAGUCUAUCAAAAUGGAAGUUGGAAUUGAAGACUGCUUGCAUAUUGAAUUUGAAUAUGCCCGACGCCAAUACCAUUUGCGGGACACUAUUACUGGUAAAAUUCAUUUUUUGCUCGUGCAAAUCAAAAUCAAACACAUGGAGCUAGCUGUCAUUCGAAGGGAAACCAGUGGAGAAGGUGUUGCGCUCGCAGCAGCUACAGACGCCACCAAUCAAGGAAGUUCUUCCAACUCGAACGUCGACGCCGCUGGCAAUAUUUUUACCGAAACUCAAACCCUUGUCAAAUACGAAAUCAUGGACGGUGCACCCGUCAAGGGUGAAGUCAUUCCGGUGAAAUUGUCUUUGCAAGGUAUUCCUGCUGAUUUAACCCCAACCUAUACAGCCGUUAACAAUCGUUUUUCAGUGCGGUAUUUUCUGAACCUGGUCUUGGUGGAUGAAGAUGACCGUCGGUACUUCAAGCAGCAAGAAAUAAUCUUAUGGCGGAAAGACUUGGGGUAG